AUUACCUUUUAAAACAGUCCUGGGUUGAGAUCAUAUGACAUUGGAAUUCCAGAAAAAAAGAAGAAGAAAGAAUCAGAGUGGAUGAUGGAGUUCCCAUUUGGGCAUCAGUCUCACACCCACCACCACCGACGGAGGGAUGAUGAUGAUGAUGAUGGAGGAGGAGAAAGAGGGGAGAAUUACCCACCUCCAGGAACAACUGCCUUUGAUCACCCACCACCUCCGCGACCUCCUCCAUCAUCUUACGGGGAAGAUGAACCACCACCUCCACGACCUCCUCCAUCGUAUUACGGGGAAGAUGAACCACCACCUCCACGACCUCCUCCAUCAUAUUACGGGGAAGAUGAACCACCACCUCACCUUACCCACGCCUCCCACACCUCCCACGUGCCACCACCUCCACGCCACUCCCAAGAAUUCGAUAGCUACUCUGCCUUUCCAUCAGAAUCUCGUCCACCACCACCUCCACCCCCUUCCCAAGAAUUCGAUAGCUACUCUGCUUUUCCAUCAGGAUCUGAACCACCACCUCCUGAUUAUAUCACUACUACUUAUGUGGAGCAUGUUGCUCACGAUACUGAAACCCAUCAUACCCAUCGUCCGCAUUUACCCUCCUUCCUUCACCAUCAAACCCACCAGCCUCCUACCUCUGACCUCUCCAGCAAACGGACUUUCAGGGUCUUCUCCAAGGCCGAUCCCAACUACUCCCUCACUAUCGGAGAUGGCCAUGUCAUUCUUGCCGCAUCUGAUCCGUCCGAUGACUUCCAGCACUGGUACAAAGAUGAGAAGUACAGCACAAGGGUGAAGGAUGAAGAGGGCUUUCCCUGCUUUGCUCUUGUUAACAAAGCCACUGGUCAGGCCAUCAAGCACUCCAUUGGAGCCACUCAUCCUGUGCAGCUGAUUCCUUAUAGUGCUGAUGUUCUUGACGAGUCCAUCCUUUGGACUGAGAGCAAGGACUUAGGUGACAAUUUUCGAGCUAUAAGAAUGGUUAAUAACAUUCGACUUAAUGUGGAUGCUUUUCAUGGAGAUAAGAAAUCUGGAGGUGUGCAUGAUGGCACUACCAUAGUGCUGUGGCAGUGGAACAAAGGGAAUAACCAGCUUUGGAAGAUCAUUCCCUACUGAUCUCUGUGCAGUGUCGUGGCCAUGCGUUAAAUCUGUGUUGUGUUAAAAUAAAAAAAAAUCGAGUUGGGAGGAAUCUGCUUGUUCUCUUUGUGAGUGUGUUUGUGUUUCUAUGUUCACUAUGCGUGAAAAUCUCUGUAAUUCAGUCUCAGCGCCUGCUGCUGUUACUUUAUAUUCAUAAAUUAAUAUAAGUUAUUAUGUUAAAAAUAA